UAUUUCAAGACAUGGAUGAAAGCGUGUUGAAAGCAAUCUGUCGGUAUCUUAAGCCAAAGAAGUACACUAAAAACGAUAUCAUUACUCAAGAGGGUGAACCACUUAAAAUGAUGCUCUACAUUGUGGACGGAUUUGUAAACAUUGAAGAAAGAGAUGGUUCUAAUAACUUGCAACGAGGUGCAGGAGAAGUAUAUGGAGAAGAACUUCUAAGUUGGCCAUUGUCGAACUCAUUUCCCGUGGUAUUACCGUCAGCAACGUUGUCUGCUACGGCAGUAGGUGAUGUUGUAGCCCUUGCUCUCACUUAUAGCAACUUAAAGAAUGUGGUCUUUGAAUUCGGAAGGCAAUAUUUCUUUGGGAUGAUUACAUGUCAAAAAUUUAGUGCAAAAGUAGUUGAAAAGGCAACAAACACUUACGAUGUAAGUAAAAUCAUCAGAAAAGGAAUCUCUACAAGCGUUUACAAAGGGGUGCUACCAGAUAAAACAGUGGUUGAGGUAAAGACAUACAGAGUAAAUUGUUCCUAUGAUGAUUAUCCAUAUUUGGUUAAACUGGUGGCUGUUGCUUCUCGUACCAACCACAUAAAUUUGGUGAGGCUCUUGGGUUGUUGUUUGGAAAAAAAAACAAUUGCACUGGUUUCUGAGUACAUUCCGAAUGGCACUCUUUUUGAACACAUUCAUGGAAAAGAAGGCAAAGUAUCAUCACCACUUUCAUUGGAGUUACGAAUGAAGAUAGCAUCAGAAACCGCAGGAGCCCUAGCUUACUUACGCUCAUUAACUACCACGCCAAUCUUACCCUCUUUUGUGUCGACAAGUAGUAUACUUUUGGAUGAUAAUUGCACUGCAAAGUUGUGCAGCUUUGGACUUAGAUUUGUGCCCAACAAUAGCAACAAUAGCCGGUUUUCAUUGUUAUCUAUAAGGCGAGGAUGCUUCGACCCUGAAUCAAAGACACUAAUUGAAAAGCUUGACGUCUAUGGCAUUGGAGUUGUCCUAGCGGAGCUACUAACCGGUCCGAAUGCAAUUUCUUCAAUCGGGAAGCGUGACUUGGAGAAGCUGAAAAUCUUAUUUCUAUUUCUAGUAGAAGAGGAUCGCUUGAAUGAAAUUCUCGAUGGUAAAAUAAUAGUGAAGGAAGGAGAUUUUGAGACAGCCAAAAAAGUGGCCCAUCUGGCAACAAGAUGUUUAAGGUAUGAGGAGGAGGAAAUGCCUUCCAUGAAAGAAGUAGUCGCGGAGCUUGAGGGAAUAUUGCGCAAUCUCAGGGCAGAGCAAGGUGGAGAAGCUAGCUUCUCUUGA